AUGCGCAAGCAACUCAAUGAGGUGGCUGCCAUGUUGACGGGAAUAAGUGGGCUUGCUAUUAGAGGCGCGGAGGACGGGGAGGGGCACACAGAGCAAAACGAGUCAGAGGGAGGGGGAAAUGCCACGACCAAGACUGCUGCUCCCCAGCGUCAACAGAAGACAGUAUACACUCAUGGUGGACGUGUUCAUACGGCGUGCUUGCGAAUGCAGCAUGGCGUGCUAAGCAUGUCCUGUACGCUGGCUUGGGGAGUCAGAAGCGACUGGGAGUGGCUAGACAUCCGCCGUGUGCUGCCAGGGUUGAAUAUCCGUCUGACGACACUCUCGAUAAACAUGCGACUCCCCUUCUGGGGCCACUUGCUGCAGGCAGUUGGGGGCCCUGGGCGUGCGGUCUUGGUAGUGGUUGGGGGGGCUAAGGAGGCGUUUCUGGGGGGCCCCCGCUUGAACGACUUGGUGCUUCAUCGCCGCAAGGGGUUUUUCGAGAUUGCCCUUCAGACGGGCUCUUGGCUGAUACCCGUCUAUUCCCUAGGGGAGAACGACAUGUACGAGAGGCUGACGGAAGGGAUGUUGAGUUGCUUUCUGACUUUUAUCUCACGCAAGACAAUGGGGCUCUUUGGCUUUUCGUUGCCGCCUUGCUACGGGCGCGGCGUGUUGCAAGUGACGAUGCCUAGACGCGUCAAGAUUGUCGAGCUCAUUGGGAACCCCGUUCCCUGUCGCCGCAUUCCCCAUCCAACUCAGGAGGACAUUGAGGAGCUUCGGCAGCGAUACUGUGCGGCCCUGCAACGGGUCUACACCAAAGCCAGAGCAAUCUACGGUACCGAGAGUAAGUUUGAAGACUUACGCAUCGUUGAAUAA